AUGCGUUCUUCUCCAUGUCUAAUAUCACUUCUACUAGCAUGGGUGUUCUCAACACUCGUGACCAGCGCCCUCGUGAAAAAGGACUGGACCAUAACAUGGGAACCGGGAGCACCCAACGGCCAAGAGAGAAACAUGAUCAAGAUCAAUGGCCAAUUCCCGGGACCAACAAUUCUUUGCGAUGAAGAAGAUGACAUUGAGGUCACGGUCCACAAUAAAAUGCCUUUCAACACUACAGUUCACUGGCAUGGGCUCGAGAUGUUCGGCACACCUUGGUCAGAUGGGACCCCAGGCAUGUCUCAGAAGCCGAUAGAAAUGGGACAAAGCUUCAUCUAUCGAUUCAAGGCCUCGCCAGCAGGGACACAUUGGUACCAUUCCCACUCACGGGCUACUGUUCUCGAUGGCCUUUAUGGGCCGAUCUUCAUUAGGCGGAAGCCAGAUGCCCCAGCACCGUGGCAUCUUAUCAGCAAAGACCAGGACGAUAUCGACGCAAUUAAGCGCGCAGUGGUCGACCCCAAACUCGUCAUGGUGUCUGACUGGACCCGCUUCAUGUCCUGGGAGUACAUGGCCGCUGAAGAGAGCUCCGGAAUGGCCAUAUUCUGCUCAGAUAGUAUCCUCGUAAACGGGAAGGGGAGUCUGUAUUGUCCAGACGUCGACAUGUUGAUCAAUCACACUAGUACGUACAUGAAGUACGGCCUGUACCCUCGUCAAGUCAACGACAAAGGGUGCUUUCCGUUUAUGAGAUCAACCCAAGGCCCAUAUUUGACCACUGGAAAGCCUGAGACCAUCCCACUGCACCUGCAGCAUGGCUGCACCCCUGCUGAGGGUGCCAAUGAGACUAUAGUCGUUGAUCCAGCAGACAAAUGGGUCAGCCUCAAUUUUAUCGGAGGCGCAACGUUCAAGACCAUUGUCUUUUCUGUUGAUGAACACGACAUGUGGGUCUACGAAGUUGACGGACACUACAUCGUUCCACAGCGCGUCAAUACAGUACAUAUGUAUGCGGGAGAGCGAUAUGCCGUCAUGAUCAAGCUUGAUAAGCCAGCAAAGGACUACAGUAUCCGUGUUGCAGACAGUGGUCUUACCCAAGUUAUCUCAGCAUUCGCGACACUUAGAUACAAGGGAGGUGUUCAAGGCGAGGAGAGCCAGGGGGUGAUUGACUACGGCGGUCAGAACAUCACCAAAGACGGGGUGAUUACACUCGAUCGCGAUCACCUUCCUCCUUAUCCUCCAAAUCCACCAGCACGCAAAGCAGAUGCAAUGCAUGUCCUCUCGACUCAUAGAUGGAAAAGCGCUUGGCAGUAUACCAUGUCUGGACAUGGGAUGUACGAGGAAGAUCGCAGCGCAUAUGGUCCUCUUCUGUAUGAUCCUCACUCAGCAGACGCAAUGGAUGAAGGUCUUGUGAUUCGCACAAAGAAUGGAAGUUGGGUUGAUCUGGUGCUCCAGGUUGGUUCAUUACCAGGCCAGCCACAAGAAUUCCCACAUAUGAUGCAUAAGCACACGGGAAAGACAUGGCAGAUUGGUUCUGGGUUGGGGAUCUGGAACUAUUCCUCCGUCGAAGAAGCCAUGGCUGCUGAGCCAGAUAACUUCGAUCUUGAGACUCCCAAGUGGAGGGAUACUUUUGUGACCUCUUUUGAUGGUUCGGCGUGGAUCGUGCUGCGGUAUCAGGUUACAAAUCCUGGGCCUUGGCUCUUCCACUGCCAUAUUGAAACACAUCUUGCUGGUGGCAUGGCUGUUGCGAUUCUUGACGGUAUUGAUGUAUGGCCGCAGAUUCCACCUGAGUACGGACCUGAUCAGCGGGGCUUUAUGCCAGGCACGCUACCAGAAUUGGAGAGUGGGGGGCAACAGGGUUCACUACAGAAGCAAUGUCCAUUGUUAGCAGUCUCUCCUAGUGGUGGCCCCAAGAAGGAUACAGGUGAAACGUCAGCCAGUGACUCGCGCUGGGAGGCGUUGAUCCGGGGCUUGAUUCAGGUUCUACAAGGGUGGCUUUCAGAUGAAGCCAGCAAGUAG